AUGCAGGUAAUCGAAAAGAAUGCUGAUCCUGAGGAAAACCUACUGCUGUAUGUGAGGAAAUCCCUUUACCUCACCGGAACUAAAUAUGGCUGUGGAGGGGGCGGCUGCGGUGCCUGCACGGUGAUGAUAUCAAGAUACAACCCCAAGACCAAGAAGAUCCUCCAUUAUCCAGCGACGGCUUGCCUGGUGCCUAUCUGCUCUCUGCAUGGAGCUGCUGUUACUACAGUAGAGGGUGUGGGGAGCAUCAAGACCAGGAUUCACCCUGUUCAAGAAAGACUUGCCAAGUGCCAUGGCACACAGUGUGGAUUCUGCAGUCCAGGCAUGGUGAUGUCCAUCUACACACUAUUAAGAAACCAUCCGGAACCCACUCCGGACCAAAUCAUGAUAGCUCUUGGAGGAAAUCUGUGCCGCUGUACUGGAUAUCGACCAAUUAUAGAAAGUGGAAAAACUUUCUGUGUGGAAUCAACUGUUUGUCAAAUGAAAGGGUCCGGGAAAUGCUGCAUGGAUCAAGAAGCAAGCUCUUCUGUGAAUAAGCCAGAAAAAAUAUGCACAAAACUGUAUAAUGAAGAUGAAUUCCAGCCAUACGAUCCAUCCCAGGAGCCUAUAUUCCCUCCUGAACUGAUAAGAAUGGCAGAAGAUCCGAACCAGAGAAGACUGACGUUCCACGGGGAGAGGACCACCUGGAUCUUGCCCGUGACCCUGGAUGACGUUCUGGAGCUGAAAGCCAAUUUUCCCGAAGCCCCCGUCAUCAUGGGGAACACUGCAGUGGGACCCAGCAUAAAAUUCAAAAACGCAUUCUAUCCGAUUUUCAUAUCUCCACGUUGGAUUCCAGAACUACAUUUUGUCGACACCACAGAUAAUGGGGUGACAAUAGGCGCCGGACACAGCCUGGCCCAGUUGAAUGAUGACUUACUCUUAGUUGUUUCGGAGCAACCAAAGGAGAAGACUAAGACCUACCGUGCUCUGCUGAAGCAUCUAAGGACGCUUGCAGGAGCCCAGAUUAGAAACAUGGCGACUCUCGGAGGCCAUGUGGUGACUAGGCCUAAUUACUCUGACCUCAAUCCCAUUUUAGCAGCAGGAAAUGCUAGCAUCAAUCUGAAGUCCAAAGAAGGAGAACGGCAGAUUCCUUUAAAUGGCUCUUUCCUUGAGAGAGAUCCUGAAGCCAACCUCAAACCAGAAGAGAUUGUGUUAUCUGUUUAUAUUCCAUCCACUACGCAGUGGAAUUUUGUGGCAGGAUUCCGGCAGGCCCAAUGUCAGGAGAAUGACUUUGCCAUUGUCAAUGCCGGGAUGAGUGUGGAGUUCGAAGAAGGAACAAAUACAAUCAAGGACCUUAAGAUGCUCUACGGAGGCGUGGCCCCCACUGUCAUCUCUGCAACUGAGAGCUGUGAGCAGCUCAUUGGGAGACCAUGGGAUGAUCACAUGCUCAGCGACGCCUGCAGACUAGUCUUAAAUGAAAUUCACAUCCCCCCAGAUGCCAAGGGCGGCAUGGUGGAAUAUAGGCGAACCCUGAUCAUCAGCUUACUCUUCAAGUUCUACCUCAAAGUGAAGCGAGGACUGAACAAAAUAAACCCCCAGAAGUUCCCUGAUAUCCCAGAAGAGUUCCUGAGCGCCCUCAAAGAGUUUCCCAUAGCGACACCACAAGGACUUCAGAUGUUUGAGUGCGUGGAUCCCCGCCAACCCCCACAAGAUCCCAUUGGCCACCCCGUCAUGCACCAGUCAGCCAUUAAACACGCCACAGGAGAAGCUGUGUACUGUGAUGACAUCGCCCCCAUCGCCCGGGAACUCUUCCUGGCUCCGGUCACCAGCACCAGGGCACAUGCAAAAAUCCUGUUAAUAGAUACUUCUGAAGCCCUGGCGCUUCCCGGUGUUGUUGAUGUCAUAACGGCGGAGGAUGUGCCGGGAGACAAUCACUAUCUUGGAGAGGUUUUCUACGCACAGAAUGAGGUCAUUUGUGUGGGUCAGAUCGUCUGCACGGUGGCUGCCGAUACCUACGCUCAUGCAAGAGAGGCAGCCAAAAAAGUGAAGAUUGCUUACGAAGACAUAGACCCCAGGAUCAUAACAAUAGAGCAAGCCCUAGAGCACAAUUCAUUUCUUUCUGUUGAGAAAAAAAUUGAACAAGGAAAUGUAGAGCAAGCCUUUAAAUAUGUUGAUCAAAUCAUUGAAGGUGAAGUCCAUGUGGAAGGACAGGAACAUUUUUACAUGGAAACGCAGACCAUCCUGGCUAUCCCAAAAGAAGGAGAUAAAGAAAUGGAGUUGCAUCUCGGAACACAGCAUACAACCCACGUGCAGGAAUUUGUGGCUGCUGGGUUAAAAAUCCCAAGGAACAGAAUUACCUGCCACAUGAAACGAGCUGGUGGGGCAUUUGGAGGGAAAGUGACCAAGCCUGCAGUGCUGGGAACUGUUUGUGCCGUGGCUGCCAAAAAGACUUCCCGUCCGAUCCGGUUUGUUCUAGAGCGUGGGGAUGACAUGCUGAUAACUGCAGGCCGCCAUCCACUCCUUGGGAAAUACAAAAUUGGAUUCAUGAACAAUGGUGUGAUCAAAGCUGCGGAUGUUGAAUAUUACGUCAACGGCGGAUGCACUCCUGAUGAGUCCGAGAUGGUGGUGGAAUUCAUUGUGCUGAAAUCUGAAAAUGCGUACUACAUCCCUAAUUUCCGGUGCCGGGGUAGACCUUGCAAAACGAAUUUACCAUCCAACACUGCCUUUCGAGGAUUUGGCUUCCCCCAGGCCACAGUGGUCGUUGAAACUUACAUAGCUGCAGUGGCAGCACAAUGUAACUUACUUCCUGAAGAGGUUAAAGAAAUUAACAUGUACAAGCGAAUUAGCAAAACAGCCCAUAAGGAGACAUUUGAUCCAGAGCCCUUGCGAAGAUGCUGGAAAGACUGUCUUGAGAAGUCUUCAUUCUAUGCCAGGAAACAGGCUGCAGAGGAAUUUAACAAAAAGAAUUCCUGGAAGAAGAGAGGACUGGCUGUAGUCCCCAUGAAAUUCACCAUUGGGUUGCCUGUGACCUACUACCAUCAGGCUGCUGCUCUGGUCCACAUCUAUCUAGAUGGCUCUGUCUUGGUGAUUCAUGGUGGCUGUGAACUGGGACAAGGCCUUUACACCAAAAUGAUACAGGUGGCUAGUCGAGAACUGAACAUCCCCCAAUCAUACAUAUACACAUCUGAAACCAGCACGGAGACGGUGCCCAAUGCUGUCUUCACAGCAGGGUCCAUGGGGACAGACAUUAAUGGGAAGGCUGUGCAGAAUGCCUGCCAAAUUCUGAUGGCCCGGCUUCAGCACAUCAUCAGGAAAAACCCGGAGGGGAAAUGGGAAGACUGGGUGAUAUAUUGUCCGUGCUUCUGGCAGUCCAUAGCACUUACAACACACCUGUUCUUUUACCUCCUGAUUUUUCUUCUCAGAGGCUACCAGACAAAUAUGGACUGGGAGAAGGGAGAGGGCCAUGCAUUCCCAUAUUACGUCUACGGAGCAACCUGCUCUGAGGUGGAAAUCGACUGUCUGACAGGAGCUCAUAAGCUGCGGAGGACUGACAUCUUCAUGGACGCUGCUUUCAGCAUCAACCCUGCCCUUGACAUUGGACAGGUUGAGGGGGCGUUUAUCCAAGGCAUGGGAUUGUAUACCAUAGAAGAGCUGAAGUAUUCCCCAGAAGGAGUGCUUUACUCUCGGGGUCCAGAUGACUACAAGAUCCCCACAGUCACUGAGAUCCCAGAAGAGAUCUACGUCACGCUGGUGCGUUCCCGAAACCCCAUCGCCAUCUACUCGUCCAAGGGCUUGGGUGAGGCUGGAAUGUUCAUGGGAAGCUCUGUGUUGUUCGCCAUAAAUGAUGCUGUGAGUGCUGCCCGCAAAGCCAAGGGGCUGACCUCGACCUUCACCCUCAAUAGCCCAGUAACUCAUGAGGCCAUCAGGAUGAACUGUGCGGAUCAGUUUACAGACAUGAUUCCCAGAGAUGACCCUUCAACAUUUGUACCUUGGUCAAUCCGUGUGUCUUAA